CGGGAGAGAGGCCGGGAUGUCGUCGUGUCUGGGGCCGCUGGUGUCGCGGGCGGGCGGGCGGGAGCGGGUGCUGCUGGUGGGCGAGUGCGCACUCCCGGGAGGGAAGCCGCCUUCGGCCCGGCCCUGGAUGGAGGCCUUGGCGCGGGAGCUCUUCGCCCAGGAAGAAGCCGCUCCUCCUCCGCCUCCUCCUCCUCGGCCUUGGCCCACCUUCUGGCCGCGCUGCCGGCUGCUCCUGGUGCUCUUCCGCGCCGCCUCGCUCCGCUCUCCCGCCAAGAAGGAGCGCCUCCGCCUCCGCGCCAUCCUGCUCGAUCUGCGCAGGCGCCUCCGGGGGGGGGGCUUCCCCGCCGUGGUGGGCGUGGCCGUGCUGACGUCACCAGAAGAGGCGGGAGACCCCGAGGGAGAAAGCGCGCGCUCUGCCCUGCUGGCGCUCCUGCGGGGCGUCUUCCGGGAAAGAAAAGGAGCCGCCGCGGAGGAGACCCUGCAGGCCGCGCUCUACGAUCCCGGAGGAGGAGGAGGAGGAGCGGGCCAGGUCCAGGAGGCCGCCUGCAAGGCACUCAGCGCCGCCCUCAGCAUCCACGCAGACGGGGUGGAAAUCGAGACGCAGAAGCUGCCUUUCUUCUUGCAGUGCCUUCCAUGGGGCAGAAGGAGACAGCGGAGAAAAGGGCAAUUGGAGGCAGAUGCAAAGAAGGUUAACGAAGAUGCCUCUCAAGAUGCAGAAGAAGUCGUGGCUUUGACUAGCAUGGCGCCCAACGGGAAUUGUGAAGAUCCUUGUGGAAAGGCAGGCAUUUAGGAUCCUUUCCUUCUGAAAGAACAGGAUUUGGGGCUGGUGUACCUUUGAGAGACGGAGCUUGACCCCGGAAGCCAAAGCAAUUCAAGAAGGAGAUGGUCAAGCUGGAAAGCGUCCACAGAAGGGCCACCACAAUGGCCAAAGGUCUGAAAACUCGGAAUCCCUUUGAAAAGAGGCUUUGGGAGCUGAGGAUGAUUAGCUUGGAGAAGAGAAUCCUGAGAGACGGGGGAAUAAAUAUCGGAAAGUACAUCUCACUGAGGAGAAGGAGGCAAGCUGCUUUUCUGCUGCUCCAAAGACUAGGACACAACAGAGCAGGAGCUUCGAAUUUCAGGAAAAGACAUUGCACCGAAACGUUAGGAAGAAUUCCUCCUGGUAUGAACUAUUUGAUGGGAAUAAGCUGGAGAGUCUCUUACAACUCUUAACCUUUUUAUGAUUUCUAAAUUUGUGAUUUCUUCUCAUCAGUGCCCCCAAAACCUGGAGGACAGACAGCCUUUGAAGCACCAUCGCUGAAUCAUAACUCAUUGCUUGGAUCAAACCUGACUUUGUCUCUUUUAAAAUUGUAUUAUAAUUUUAUAAAUGGUCUGUCUUGUUAAUUAA